AUGAGGGAGCAGAAAAAUCCGGAAAAGAUGCAGAUCGUGAGGAGGAAAAAGAAAGGGAGGCCAGCGAAGCCGGAUCCCGCGGCCCGACGUGGAGGUGACUCAGAGCCACUGGAGAGCGACCUACGCCGGAGCCUCCGGCGAAGGAAUGUCAAGUACGUCUUCGAUCUCGACGAUUACUUUGACGACGACGAGCUAUUCGAGGAAACCGAUGAGGACCAGCGGCGGAGGGAGAAGAAGAUCAAGCUCUUGCUCAAGCUACAGAAUGACAAGGACGGCGGCUCUGAGUCGACUCCGUGGCUUGGUGCUCACUCCCCCACUGUCUCGGCCUCUGCAUCCGAUGGGGAUAAGCCCUCGAAAAAGAGGAAAAUCGACGCUCGAGAUUACAGAGAAACUGGCGAAGAUAAGGACGCAAAUGACGACAUCAAUGAUGAUGAUAAUUAUAGUGGUGAUGAUGACGAGGUUAGAGAAACAAAGAUGGAGCCCAAAACCGUGCACUCACCUCCAGGGACACCAGCAGAGACUCUGUCUGUGCUUCCAUUGCCUGAUAAGAAGACACUGGAGUUGAUCUUAGACAAGCUUCAGAAGAAGGAUAUAUAUGGUGUGUAUGCGGAACCGGUCGAUCCAGAAGAGCUUCCUGAUUAUCAUGAUGUGAUAAAGCAUCCAAUGGACUUUGCCACCGUGAGGAACAAGCUGGGAAAUGGAGAAUAUGAAACCUUGGAACAAUUCGAGAGUGACGUUUUCUUGAUUUGCUCAAAUGCCAUGCAAUACAAUGCUCCAGAUACCAUAUACCAUAAGCAGGCACGCACUAUCCAAGAGCUAGCGAGAAAGAAAAUUCAAAAGAUAAGGAUAAAUAAUGAACGCUCAGAGAAGGAACUCAAGCCAGAACAUAAUACAAGUACGAGAUCAAGCUCUAUUUUGAAGAAGCAAAUAAAGAGAACAGUGAGCCGGACAGUGCAGGAACCUCUUGGUUCCGAUUUCUCAUCUGGGGCCACUCUUGCAAUAGGUGGAGAUGUGCAGAAUGUCUCAAAUGCACAUCAGUUUGGUGGAUCGGAGAGGCCUGGUAGCAUUGAUGGGCUUGUUGAGGGAAAUUCUUCCUUGAAUGACACCACUUUAGAUAAGGGAGAAGAAUCACUUCUAGGAAAGGGUCCACUAUCUAGAUUUGGUAGGAAAUUGGCCAUACAUGAUGAGAACCGUCGUGCAACAUAUAACAUAUCAUUAGCUCAGCCAGUAGCCGGCUCAGAAUCUAUAUUCUCGACUUUUGAGGGGGAAAUGAAGCAACUGAUUCCUGUAGGACUUUAUACUGAUUACUCAUAUGCUAGGAGUCUGGCUCGUUUUGCUGCAACUCUUGGGUCUGCUGCAUGGAAUGUUGCUUCACAGAGGAUUGAGAAAGCACUGCCUCAAGGAUUGAAAUUUGGUCGUGGUUGGGUCGGAGAGUACGAGCCUCUCCCAACCCCUGUGUUAAUACUGGAAAAUUGUACCGUGAAGGAACCAACAUUUUUUGCAAAAAUAGAGCAUGCUGCUGAACAAAGAAAGGUUGAGAGAAACUUCAAAACCUCAGUUUCUCCCAUGGGAAACACAGUUAGCGGGCCUUUCUCAGAAAAUAAAUUGCCUUUAUUACGUCAUACUGGAGACAGACUAACUGCUAUGUCUACUACCAAUACUUCUGGUCCCGUCAGAGAACAGCAGGUUAGGAGGAAUAGUUCCGAAGUGAAAUCGUCUUUCUUUUUAUCUCCUGGAAUCAAACCUAUUGAUUCUGCUACUCUCAGUUACCAGUGUCAAAACUCGCAACUCGGGAAUUUUGUUGAACCCAAGAAAAAGGAUUUAAAGCAGGUUGAAUUGAAUAGUCCACCCUUGGCCAAUCAAAACGCAGCUAAUUUUACUGCUCAGAGGCAGAUUCCAAAGAGUUCAGAAAUGGAAUCUUCCGGGUCAGUGGAGUUGGCAUCCAAUAACAUGAAUCUUUUGACAUCUGGAUCCUUUAAACAUCCAACUACUAGUGGAAUUUCUGUUGGAGUAUUGCCUAAUGGGAAAGUGGUCAACAGUGUGGAUAGUAAUAUAAUAGCUAGUUCACCGUCUGACAUGACCAAAACAGAAUCAUACUAUCACCAUGGACAGCAGGGGCAGGGUCUUAGUGACCCAGUCCAGUUGAUGAGAAUGUUAGCCGAAAAGGCUCAAGAUCAACAGAAACCCUCAAAUCAGUUUAAUGCUCCUCAAGAUUCAUCCCCUGCUCCAUCAAGUAGAUAUGAUUCAAAUGCUGCUGGAGCUGCUGCCCGCGUAUGGAUGUCUGUAGGGGCAGGUGGCUUUAGACAAGCUGGGGACAGCACAAAUUUACACAAGAACCAGAUAUCUGCAGAUUCCUUGUAUAACCCAACUCAUGGUCUCCAGCCACAAGCAUCUCGAUUUCGUCCAGAGUUUUCUGCUCCUGGGAUGCAUUUUCAGCCUGAGAAGAACGCAUCACUUCAUGCCUUUGUUCCGCAAGUUCCUCAGCCUGUAAGAGUAAGCAGUGAAGCCCAGUUUCAAAAUCAGCCAAUGUUUUUCCCCCAGUUGGUAACUGCUGACUUGUCUAGGUUCCAGCUACAGUCUCCUUGGCAGAAUCUCAGUCCACAAAUGCAUGCAAAACAGAAACAUGAAUCGCUACCUCCAGACUUGAAUAUUGGUUUCCAGUCACCAGGGUCUCCUGGUCGACACUCAUCAGGCGUGCGGAUUGAUUCUCAGCAGCCUGACCUGGCUCUGCAACUCUAA